ACUUCCUGGCCGGCCCCGGAAACCAGCAGGCGGUGGGGAGGGGUGGGGGGCAAAGCGGCAGCAGCAGCUCUCAGAGAGAGACAGCAGGAAGGGAGGGAGGGAUCUGGGGGGACAACCCUCCAUCAUUUCUUACCGCUAUGGGCCCAGCCUCCCAUUCCCACCUUCCCUCCAUCGGCCGGGGCUAGGACACCCCCCAAUCCCGUCGCCCCUUUGGCACCGACACCCCGACAGAGGCAGAGACACAGCCAGCCGCCACCACCGCUGCCGCAACCUGGCUGGGGAGGGGGCCAGCCCCCCAGGCCCCCCACCCCACUGAGGUGGCCAGAAUGGAGCUGUGGCCAGGGGCAUGGAUGGUGCUGCUGCUGCUCUUCCUGUUGCUGCUCUUCCUGCUUCCCACCCUGUGGUUCUGCAGCCCCAGUGCCAAGUACUUCUUCAAAAUGGCCUUCUACAAUGGCUGGAUCCUCUUCCUGGCUGUGCUCGCCAUCCCUGUGUGUGCUGUGCGAGGACGCAACGUCGAGAACAUGAAGAUCUUGCGUCUGAUGCUGCUCCACAUCAAAUACCUGUACGGGAUCCGGGUGGAGGUGCGAGGGGCCCACCACUUCCCUCCCUCACAGCCCUAUGUCGUUGUCUCCAAUCACCAGAGCUCCCUCGACCUACUUGGGAUGAUGGAGGUCCUGCCUGGCCGCUGUGUGCCCAUUGCCAAGCGCGAGCUGCUGUGGGCUGGCUCUGCUGGGCUUGCCUGCUGGCUGGCAGGAGUCAUCUUCAUCGACCGGAAGCGCACAGGGGAUGCCAUCAAUGUCAUGUCUGAGGUGGCCCAGACCCUGCUUACCCAGGACGUGCGGGUCUGGGUUUUUCCUGAGGGAACGAGAAACCACAAUGGCUCUAUGCUGCCCUUCAAACGUGGCGCCUUCCAUCUUGCAGUCCAGGCCCAGGUUCCCAUUGUCCCCAUAGUCAUGUCCUCCUACCAAGACUUCUAUUGCAAGAAGGAGCGCCGCUUCACCUCGGGGCAAUGUCAGGUACGAGUGCUGCCCCCAGUGCCCACAGAAGGGCUGAUACCAGAUGACGUCCCAGCGCUGGCUGACAGAGUCCGGCACUCCAUGCUCACAGUUUUCCGGGAAAUCUCCACUGAUGGCCGGGGUGGUGGUGACUAUCUGAAGAAGCCUGGGGGGGUGGCCGAGGCCCGGCUGUGAGCUCCCCUCCCAUCUACCCUGUCUUCUCCCCCAUACCUACCAGCCCAGUGGGCCCUGGAGCAGGGCCCAGCCCUUUUCCUCAUUUCCCUUUUCCCCACCUGUUCAUCUCUUUGGAAUCUUCAACUUCUGAAGUGAAUGUGGAUACAGCACCGCUCCCUACCCCUUCCCAGCCCCACUCAUGGGCUCUCUUGCCUUGGUGCAGUCUCCACUCUGAUCCCUUCUCCUGCCAUCUUGUCUGUGGAACAGUUGCCUCCUCCCAUCUCGAGUGGCUCAGCCUUCACAAGGGUGGGGAACACUCUAUCCUGUCCCCAGUGGACACUCUUCUUUUGUGGUCUUCUCUCCCUCUCCACUCCACACUGGACAGUGGACUCAUCCACUCUAUGGAACAGUUCCCCUCCACUCCAAGUCCAUGGAUUCAAUGGACUCAUCCGUUUGUGAGGAGGACUCCUCACCCUGUGGCUGGAAGCUGAUACUUCCAUCUGCUCCUGGAACAAUCCUCCCAGGCUCAUCCUGGGAACACUUCUCAGCACCUUUACUCCCGCCCCAUGGAGCCACCUGUCAGUGGCGGCUGGACUCUUGUAACUCAGAGGUCUCAUCCCUGCCUGUGCCCAGAUGCCUAGGGUCCCAUACACUCCUGGGCACACACGGCCAGAUUGGUCUCCACACAUUUUUCUCUGCUUCCCGCAAACACACCCCCAUGGUACAGUUCUUCAGUGGUCCUGGACCCACCCAGCCCCCUGCAGCCUCACUGUACUAUUCCAACCAGACACAAGGGGAAGAGGCAGACAUCAGUUGCUGCACUCACUUCUGCUCCCUGGGGACUUGGGGAAGAAACUGAACCCUGGCUGGGGGGGAUAGGGCUUUUAAUUUAUUUUUUUAUUUUUAUUUUUUUUUUUUUUUUGAGGCUUUCCCUCUCUGGGCCAGUUUUCAUUUCCUUGCUGUGGUAUUAACCACUCCCUGCCUCCCACCCCAGAUGCGUGCCCACAAUCGGGGAAGUGGGCUGGGAGCAAAAGGAGAGGGUGGGACACAGUUUUGCGUGAUUGGUUUUUAUUACUUAUCUGGUUAAUAGCAAGAAACCGAGAAUAAAGAGAGAGAGAGAUCUG